GGCAGCGGCCCAGUGAGCAGAGCAGCAGCCCGACGCAAGAGGCAGGAAGCGCGGCAGCUCGUGUCUGAGCGCCCGGCGGAAAACCGAAGUCAGAAGGCUCUGUUAGCAGCACGCGGAGAAGAACGGGGAGCCAGCAUCAUGGCAGAACAGGAUGUGGAAAACGAUCUUUUGGAUUACGAUGAAGAGGAAGAGCCCCAGGCUCCUCAAGAGAGCACACCGGCUCCCCCUAAGAAAGACAUCAAGGGAUCCUACGUUUCCAUCCACAGCUCUGGCUUCCGGGACUUUCUGCUGAAGCCGGAGCUCCUGCGGGCCAUCGUGGACUGUGGCUUUGAGCAUCCUUCUGAGGUCCAGCAUGAGUGCAUUCCCCAGGCCAUCCUGGGCAUGGACGUCCUGUGCCAGGCCAAGUCCGGGAUGGGCAAGACAGCGGUCUUCGUGCUGGCCACCCUACAGCAGAUUGAGCCUGUCAACGGACAGGUGACAGUCCUGGUCAUGUGCCACACGAGGGAGCUGGCCUUCCAGAUCAGCAAGGAAUAUGAGCGCUUUUCCAAGUACAUGCCCAGCGUCAAGGUGUCUGUGUUCUUCGGUGGUCUCUCCAUCAAGAAGGAUGAAGAAGUGUUGAAGAAGAACUGUCCCCAUGUCGUGGUGGGGACCCCGGGCCGCAUCCUGGCGCUCGUGCGGAAUAGGAGCUUCAGCCUAAAGAAUGUGAAGCACUUUGUGCUGGACGAGUGUGACAAGAUGCUGGAGCAGCUGGACAUGCGGCGGGAUGUGCAGGAGAUCUUCCGCCUGACACCACAUGAGAAGCAGUGCAUGAUGUUCAGCGCCACCCUGAGCAAGGACAUCCGGCCUGUGUGCAGGAAGUUCAUGCAGGAUCCCAUGGAGGUGUUUGUGGACGAUGAGACCAAGCUCACGCUGCACGGCCUGCAGCAGUACUACGUCAAACUCAAAGACAGUGAGAAGAACCGCAAGCUCUUUGAUCUCCUGGAUGUGCUGGAGUUUAACCAGGUGAUAAUCUUCGUCAAGUCAGUGCAGCGCUGCAUGGCCCUGGCCCAGCUCCUCGUGGAGCAGAACUUCCCGGCCAUCGCCAUCCACCGAGGCAUGGCCCAGGAGGAGCGCCUGUCACGCUAUCAGCAGUUCAAGGAUUUCCAGCGGCGGAUCCUGGUGGCCACCAAUCUGUUUGGCCGGGGGAUGGACAUCGAGCGAGUCAACAUCGUCUUUAACUACGACAUGCCUGAGGACUCGGACACCUACCUGCACCGGGUGGCCCGGGCGGGUCGCUUUGGCACCAAAGGCCUAGCCAUCACUUUUGUAUCUGACGAGAAUGAUGCCAAAAUCCUCAAUGACGUCCAGGACCGGUUUGAAGUUAAUGUGGCAGAACUUCCAGAGGAAAUCGACAUCUCCACAUACAUUGAGCAGAGCCGGUAACCACCACGUGCCAGAGCCGCCCACCCGGAGCCGCCCGCAUGCAGCUUCACCUCCCCUUUCCAGGCGCCACUGUUGAGAAGCUAGAGAUUGUAUGAGAAUAAACUUGUUAUUAUGGAA